GAACAGUUGUUCUCUACUUCUCAGUUACCGAGCUAAAAUGGCUGUCCUAAGUCGGCUCUUUCUCGGAACAAGCCAAAAAUUGUCGGGUGCCGGUGGAAUCUUCUCAAAACUACUGUCAAAGAACACUAGCCAUGCGUUGCAAAACCAAGGGGGUGUCAGGUGUAUGGCAGGACAUCAUGGAAUGGACAUAACUGCGAGUCGUUGGCAGUGGCAUAAAACAAAAGACUUCUUACAUUUCUAUUUCUUCGUGGGUGCCAUACCAGCCUUGCUAAUAAUAACUUACUGUAACGUGUUCAUAGGCCCAGCGACAUUGGAGAAAAUCCCAGAAGGGUAUAUUCCGAAGCAAUGGGAAUAUUAUAGACAUCCGAUUACUAGAUUUAUUUCGAAGUACAUCAGCCUAAAUAUUCAAAUGGAAUAUGAGAAACAUCUUCACAGAAUAAAAAUGAGUCAGGAGAAGGCUCAGUUGACGGCUUUACGCGAUAGAACGCGAGAAUUGAUCGCGAAUCACGGUGAUUACAAGUAUUUCUCUUACAAGAGAGGUACCAUGAGACACAUAAUAGACAUUAGAAACCGUUUAGAUGAAAAUGAAGUUAAUAUGAUGUAGAUCAUCUUAAAUGACCAUGUACAAAGUAUCGUUGGCCAGAUGCGGAGGCAUAUGGCUGUUAAGUUUCGCAUAGAUCUUUCAAUAAAUGAUUGAUAUCAAACUAAA